GCCCAUGACAACCUCAACUGAUAACACUGAAAUAACAACAACAUACAAAGUCCCUCUUUUUUGUCUGGUGACCUUUGACUCUCUGUUGAAUAAGCUUUCCUGCAUAAUCCAAAAAAACAAAGAAAUCGCCCACAACGUGGAAUUUCUUGUGUACCUCUUCUACCGAUAGCUGGCACCCAACGGCACAGCGACACGACGGUGGAAUCGCUCCACUACGUUGACGGAGCAGAGGCGCCUGAGCCUGUAAAACUGCCAAGACAUCUUCUCGAACUGUUUUGGGCUUCAAGUCCAGCAACGAUAUCAAACCGAAUAUUCCAACCUGUAAAAGGAAGCCAAGCAGGACGUUGGGUUCGGCAUGUCGAAAUGAUACAAAACCAUCGCCGAUACCUUCACUGCUCAAUGGAUUGUUGACAUUUGAUACGCCCCUUUAUUCGAUAAACAUACCACCUCAUUGGUGGCAUUGGCAUAUCGCAUCCCAUGAGGACCUUCAAUCAUCACGAUGCCCGAUGAUGAUGACCAAGACCACCGACGGUCUGCGGCACCAGCCCAUGCGGACCCGGACUCAGACCUAGACUCGGACCUAGAUUCGAUACCACCGCAACCCAGAUCCCCAUCCCACCCCCCGUUGCCAAGUCUUACAACAACAACUACAGGUAGUCCGACACCACCCAACAACCAUCAGAGCCGACGAAACCGCUAUGGUCUCCAGCACGGCAGCCGCUCACCCUCACCAUCACCCCGUCACCUACCGCCACCAGCAGCUUCGACGCUCUAUCAUCUCGUCGGAGGGCUAGGCCUAGGACCCUCCUCACCACUCUCUCCCUUCCGCCGCCAAUUCUCCGCCCCUCUCCAGGCCGUCCGCUCAUCGUCUCGAGCCCCCAGCUUUGCCAGCAUCACCGGCUCUCGCCCCGGUUCCUCUUACGCUUCCGGCUCCGGCACUUUCUUCACUCACGUCAACGACAGCCGUGGUACGGUUCACCACCUCGCUAUCAAGGACGACGACAACGACAACGACAAUGAGAACAACCUCUCUUUUCACGCCGACGACGAACUAAGCGAUGACGACCAGCAGAACCAGCACCCGCGGGUGCGGGUGGACACCGACACAGCAGCAGCUAACAAGGCAGGAGACGACAACCUCACGCAAGAUAGCAAAGAUGUGCUUGUGGAACGGUUGACGGAUUUGAUUCACCAUUUGCAGGAGGCCAAGGAACCGACGGUUACGAAUCAUAGUGUCCUCAGUGAUGCCAGCAUCAGUGAGUUGCACGCCAAGGUCGAUGAGAUGGAGGCCGUUCUCACCGGGAAGGGAACGGGGACUGGAGUUGGGGGUAUGGCUAGUGGUGGUGGUGAUGGUGUUGGUGCUGCGGGAGUUACUGGUGGUUUGAGGAUGGUGAAACGGCCUGUUGGGCCUUCGGCGAGGGCAUCGAGGCGUGAACAGGCUCCUUCUUCUCAAAGACAAGAGGAAAGUGGAGGUGAAAGCGAGAGCAAUGGAGAGGAAAAUGAGGAGGAGGAGGAGGAGGAACAGCCUCACUCGCCUCUAAAGGACAUGCUCGCCUUUGCGUCGUCAGCGGCCGCUGCUGCUGCCCCGAGCUGGUUAGCUAAGAGCUUUUCGGGAUCGGAACCGUCACCGCCUGAGUCACGGGCGCAGUCACCUUCGCCGUCAUCCAAAGUGCACUUAAAGCUGGCGGAGGCUGCUGAGAUUAAACCUUCUGGUGGCGCUGGUAUGGCAGCAGUGUUGUCUGUUUCUGCAGUGGAAGUGGAAGUGGAGGCGAAGAAGCGACGAGAUGUUGUUGAGACAGAGCGCAUCGCGGCCGAGGCUGAGAAGCUAGCUGCUCAGUUGGAGGCAGUGCUGAAGAGCUUGGAGACGAGAAGAGAGGAGUCAAAUCACGUCCACGCCCUCCUGGUAGAAAGAGCAGAAGCCGCCGCCUCUCGCAUCCUCGAACUAGAGAAGGAAGUCAUCGAUUUAGAAGACGAAAUCUCCUGCCAAGAAUCCGAACUCAAACACCUCCGUCUCGAACUCCGCGCCAUCGAGACCCUAGUCAACGAAUUUCUCCCUCCGGUCGAGGCCGCAGACCCGGAGUUGGUCCGGAGCAUCGAGAACUGGAAGGCUGAUUGGAAGAGAUUGAGAGAACAGAUGUUGUCUAAGAGCCGCCGCAAGAGUAGGAGCAAGAUGGAUGGGUUGAGAGGGGAGCAGCAGCAGGAGGAGAGUCCUGAGGGGCACCAGGGACACGAGGAGGGGAGACCGAGAAAUGAAAAGGAGAGGAAAUACGAGCAUGAGCAUGGGUAUGAGCAUGAGCACCAUAAGGAGAAGGAGGUCAAUGCUCAUGAGACGCAUGAGACGCACGAAUUGUCAGUUGUCAUGGAGGUUACGGAGGAGUCGCUGAGAAAUGGACAGCAACAACGGCAACGGCAACAACAACAACAACGACGACUCCAUCAGGGGCAUCAUCACCAGCAGCCUCACAACGGUGGUGUUGGUGGUGACGGACAGGAAGAGGACGCUAUGGCAGGAAGUGCUGCUCUAGCUUCGGCUAUCGCUCCCGCUCAUGCAGUACGGGUAUCAAGGACUGGAGCUUAGGUACUCUCAUCCUCGACAUCCUCGUCGUACUCAGCGGUCGUCCAGCGGCAGCGACAGCGGCAACGGCAUCGACCUCCUCGACAUCCUUAGUGCUUAGACUAUUUCUCCUGGUUGAAUGGCUGAACAGUGAACUGGCUGGCUGGCUGGCUGGCUGGCCCAAGACAGAGAAACUUCUUGCGCUGAGCGCAACUUAGUGGCUAUGUCUGAAAACCAAAAUGGG